CGUGAAGCCACAGGAUCAGCAACCCGACCAGUGAGUCUAGUUCGAGGAGUGAAACCGUUCUUCUUAUUUCCAGCCUCAACUCGCUCAGUGUCUGUUAAACCUUCCGUGUACCUCAACUCACCUGGCGAACCUGCGCAAAAGAUCAUAGUAUAAAACUUAAGUGUUCCAGAAACUCCCUGGUGUCCUCUUAAAUCAGCAGGUCAUCAAUUUUCGAAUUGUGCCGGUUUUCUAAAGCAAAAAAAAAAAAAGAAAAAGAAAAAAGAAAGUAAAUACAUACCAUCUGAGGCUCGUUUCGAAGACUUCAAACAGAGUUUAUAGUGUCCCAGAAAUAAGGAUUGUCCACAAAAGUGCAAACUACGGAAGUAGUCGAUCCAGAUUCUUCAGUGGGUAUACGCCAAGAGUUAUCGGAGAUAAAGAAAAGGAUGCUGAAGCAAUGCAGGGACGAUCACGAAGUCGAGUAUGCUUCAGUGAUUUGAAUUGGAAAGAACGUGGUAGAAGGAGGGGACGUCACUGGCAGACUUUAUUCUCAAAACGUGGAAGGGAAUUCACGAAAAACGGCGAACCUUUACGGCACCUAUUAUCAUCCGAGCUCAUACGCUUGCAGCCAGGGUCCACCGAGCAUUUACAACGGCUACCAGACGAAUGGUUACAUACCACAUCUACAAGAGGACUAUCGACCUAUAUACUUUUACGUGGCUCAACCCUAUACGAUACCCUAUACUUUUGCCAAAAGACCAAGACCAUCCCCUUUACAAAAGCCAAGAAAAGCAAAAAGUCAUUGUCGCGUCAAGUUCUCCAAGAAGUUAAAUACAGCGGAAUUCGAUCAGAAAGUCAAGCAAGGUGAAUUCUCCAAGAGUCUCAAUCAGGCGCACUUUGCACAAUCUCAGGGCCAAGUAAUUGCGAAUUUUUCGAAACCCGAACCAGUUUCAACUGAUCCUAGAAUGACGUCCAUGUUUCGACGGGGUACAAUAUUUGCGACAUUCUUCCUCUCUUUAAUUAGUGGGGGAUUAUUGUGUGGAGCAUUAGUAACACAACAUUGGAUUGAAGCCAAACCAUGGAUACCGGACGGACCCAAAAAUAGUGCUGGGAAAAUUCAUUUUGGAUUAUUGAAUGGCACAAAAGAGCUCAACUACGGUUAUGGAUGGAGAACUCAUCAUUUCUCCGUUUCCAAACUAAUUGAACAAGAUCCACUGGUGAUGUCAUGGGGCCUUUGGUUUGGAACUUUAGUGACAACAUGUGCAGCUUUAUUAGCUUCAGCACUUGCUGCACUUUUGGCUGUGUUAAAUACAGCUACAACACCGAGAAGUAAAAUAUUUUCCGUUCCCGGCAUUUACUUUAUCAACAUUUUGGCAUUAUUGUUGUGCGCCGCUAGUAAUGGCACAUGGUUGGCACAAUACUAUACAAAAUUAUAUGAAAACGUAUUACCGAAGGAGAACAUAAAUGAAAAAUGGACCAGUGAGGGAUCUGCAGAACUCGGUUAUUCUUUCUGGUUUGUGGUCUCUGCCGGUGUCGUUCAUCUCAUUAGCAUUGCUUUGAUCGGUUGGGGAUCUGGAAAAAAUAAGAGCGAUCGCCUGGAACCGAUUCCUCCUCUAGAAGAAAAGACUGCAGCCGCCAUAAUGCUUUACUAAUUUUUUUUUUCCCACUUUGACUAUCGUUGUUUUUUUUUACAAAAUAAUGAUUGUCUCUAAUUCGAUAUUUUUGAUAAAAAGUUUUUCACAAGAACUUUACGAAUUCAUCAAAAAUGAAAAUUCAAUUUAUACGUGUAUUCAAUUUAUUUAUAUUUAAAAAGACAAGCAUAGUGCUAUAUACGAGAAUGAAUUAAAAAAUAAGAAUAAAAAUCAACAUGUUUAAUAAGUAGUUAAGUAAAUUAUCAUACCGCUUAUUUAACUGCAGUUUCAUAGAAGAAUUCGCUAAGUUUGUCGCGGAAUAUAAAUUUUAAUAAAAAAUGUGCCUCUUCCUUAGUUUAUAAAACUAAUGUAAAUAGAAAAUGUGUGGAAGAUUUUUUUUUAUAUUCUUAUUUAUUAAAAGACAGACUAAUAGGUCGUACAAAUACAGUAUUUAUAGCUUCAUACGUA